AUGACGUACGACCAGAUCCCGACAGCCCACGACGGCGAGGCUGAGUCAUCAUCACUAGAGGUGCGCGAAGAAGAAGAAGAAGAAGAAGAGAAGAAUACCAGAGAAGGUGACGGGUUGGCUCCGCCUUCUUCGGCGAAUCACAGAUACCAGAAUUGCCUCACUGACGAUGAAGAGGACGAUUACGAUUACAAUGAUGAUGACGAUUGUGAUGACGGAGACGAGGAAGAAGAAGGAGGAGGCGACUGUGACGACGGGGAGAACGAAGAAGAGGAGUCCUACGACUCCUACUUCUCCCUGCAAAUGGAGAAAGAGAGGCAGCAGGCGUUUAACGAGGUCAGCAGCGCCGCGAAGCCCAUAGCCUGCUGCUCCCCUGAUCGGAAGCCGGCGGCGCCCGUCCUCGCCGCCGCCUCCCAAACCGGCGGCAGGGACAGGAGCCAGUACGUCCACUCGGUCCUCAACCCGGUGGAGAACCUCUCGCAGUGGAAGUCCGUCAAGGCCAAGACUGGUUCACAGCCUCUGAAGAACCCUAGGAAGGAAAACAUCUCUCUGGAGGGCGGAUUAGAGCUUCCCGAUUUCAAGCUCCAAAUGAGGAGCCAGAAGAUUUCGGGUGAUUCGACCUCCCCGAGCCCCAUCUCAGUAGAUGCCAGCCUCUCAAACUGGCUCCCAUCGUCUGGUAACCUGGAGAACAGCCCCUGUCGAUCAAAUUCAUCCGUAUCUCGCGAAGAACGCCCCAUCUUGGGUGCUCUGACAGCUGAAGAUCUCAAAAAGAGCCCAGCAUCGUCUUUCUCGCCCAGAAAGUCGCCGAGCCGGAGCCCAGAUGACAUGCCCAUUUUGGGAACCGUGGGAAGCUACUGGAGCCGCACCAACCUAGAGAGAGACUCGGGCUCGUCUCAGAGAUCCCCCUCAGACAACAGCACCAAAGGAAUUCCCAACACCACGAGCAAAUACAGAGAGGUAUCUUUGUAGCUCGACGUAGAGAGAGAAAGAAAGAGGGGAAGGGCGGUGGGGAGAGAGAAAUGUGCACUGGUUCUGCCCGUGAAGCUCACUUUUUUCUAUGUUGCAGGAUAGGAGGGUGAACUGGCAUUCGACCCCAUUCGAGAUCAGGCUAGAGAGAACUCUGAACAGAGGGGAUGCCGAAGCUUACUAG